AUGAUCCCAGAGUCAAGACCCGGGGAAUGUGGCAUCGACCUGGUUAUGGCAGCUGAGAUAUCCCGUCUACAAGGCGCGUCCAUUGAUAUGGACGCCAUUGCACAGAAUGCUCAAUUUUUGUCGGAGAAAACCCUCCGAGAGAUCGCCAAAGGUCCAUUGGUGAAAUUCACACUGACAUGCCAAGAGACCGAUCAGGUGAAUCGGGUGUGGCAGUCCUUGCUUCAGACAUUGUCCAGUCCUUCUUUGUCACCACCCCAUUCAGCAGAGGCUUACAAUGCGGGCUCUGCCUUCAUUGAUGCUGCCACAAACUCCAAAUGUGAGGCAACUAAGCAAUUGGCUCUUUCAGUGGAGCUCUGGUUGUCAAUCUUCGAUAUCUGCUUGACUCGCUAUGAAGAUGCCAAGCCAAAGCAUAUCAAGCAGUUAUUGGGCUCAAUCACGACUAUUUUAGCUAAACGCCAUCAAGGAGAGCCACGGCAAGUCAUUCAAUUGGCAAUCAUUGAAGCGAUCAUUCCUAGUAUCGUGCUUGGGGAGCCCCAAUCAUGCCUCAAGGGCAGCUUAGUCUUUCUCGAGAUGUUCAUUCGCAAGGGCGCUUUCUUGCCGUCCGAGUUCAUCUCUUCCGUUCGAAGUUGGUUAGAGAAGAACCCAGAAAAGUGGACUACUGUUUUUGCCGAGCAUCGUGAAGCUCUGCAAGAUCAACCUGGCUCGUCAGAAAUGUCCGAUGAAUUAGCAGCCAGAAUAUUCGUGCUGGGGCUGUUGACUCAGACAAACAACAGAACCAUGGCAGCGUCAGCCGGUAAUCUAAUUUCCGUCUUGAUACAGAAGAUGAAACCCGAAACAUCGGCCCAAAAGCUAUCUGAUAUCUGGGUGGCCCCUGUAAGAAGGAUGAUCUUGCAAAGCGAGGAAAGCCUGGAAGACCUAUCAAAUAGGCUAUUGCAGCCAUUGUUUACCAUAGACCCCAGCGGUUUUAGGACUUUUCUUGAGACCUUGCCUGUCCAGAGUCUCCUCAGAGGUGAUAUGAGUGAUGAAUCUGAAGCAGAGUAUAUGCUCUUGUUCGCUGCUCUACAAGUUGGCAAAAAGGUUAAUUUGGUCCACGAGGAUUACAUCCUCAAUGCCAGUAAAGCAAAGAUCAACCAGAGUGAUCUUUUACUUUUGAAGAGCGAAGUCAUUGGUAAUUUCCUUCUUCACCGCGAAGCGAAUAUCCGCAUCGCCGCUCUAUCCUUGCUCAUCACAGCCUUCUCCACACUCAAGCCAUUUACUGUCGGAGCAACCAAGGCCAUACUGCGAGGCUUGCCCUCAAUGCAUGCCGAAUCAGACGCCUAUACCCGAGGUGAAAUUCUCAGCCUGACACGAAGAUUUAUUCUUCGCCUCAAGGGAGGGAUCGUGAAGGAUGAAGACGUUAUUUCGAAUACCGAGAGCACAGCAAACAAAACUACUACCGGACAGGUGAAGAAUGAGAGUGAAACCAAAGAAUUCUUAAUGGAAUACAUUCAGUUCUUGGGAAGUGAUUUGCGUUUGAAUGCGUCAUAUCCUCGCCAUAUCACAGCCUUGAAGGCCCUGAAGCUUUUACUGGACUCGGGCCUUGAUCCACGCACGGAGGCGAAGCCGCAAAAGUCUGAAGUUGAAAACGUAUGGAAGGUACAGGUGGAAGUCUUUGAUACGCACUUACUUCGGCUGUUGAUUGAUCUUCUUAUGGAUCCGUUUGAAGAAGUACGCCAGACUUCUCUUUCGAUCCUCAGUCUUUGUCCUCGGGAAAUUCUAUUGAAUGGAAUGGACACCAACGCUCAAGAUUACACCGUAGCAAUGAGGCUGACAGAUGCUGUUGCCCGAGCAGAGAGCCUUGCAAGCAAUACUAGCAGAGCCGAUCAUGCAGAUACUGUUGCACGUUUAUACCAUAUCAUCUUUGCUGCGGCACUUCCGGGAAACUCUGGCAAGGCGGCUACAAACUGGUGGUCUACCAAGGCUUCUGUGGUUGAUGCGCUUUUGACCAAGCUCGAGGAGCGCUUGUCGAGCACAAAUGGCCUUUUCAAUUCUGGAAUUCGUGAAGCUCCUCUUCACGGCUAUACAUCUGGUCUGAGACUCAUCGUUCUUAUGCCAAACUUCCACACUCUGAUCUCAGACGAGUCAGGAUCUGCCGCUUGGAAGUCGGUUCAUGAACGAAUUGUUUCAAUCUGUGAUAGAAUCUGGUUGGAAGCAAAGCCUGUACUGUGCAUCGAUUCUCCCGAGGGUCAUUCGGAUGAGCCAACUGAAGAACUCAAUGUCGGCCCCAAGGAUGUUCUCUCCUACUCUUGGAGAUCCCUUCGUGAAUCGACCCUUCUCCUCCACGCCACAUUAGUCAAUACUAGCUAUGGACCUAGCGGAGAUGACGGACUCAAGCGCGCAGAUUUUGCAAAGAUCGGAGGUGCGAGCUUCACACAACUGGCUGAGCUCCGCCACAGAGGUGCAUUUUCAAACGUGUCACAGACAUUUGCCACAUGUUGUCAGAGAUGCAGCUCCGCGAAAGAUCCGUCAAUUCGAGAGCUUCCUCGGAGUUGGUACCAAGAGGCUAAAUCGACCAUCUUCGAUUCUGCAUCGAAACUUACUCGCCGGUCUGCUGGAUUGCCUGCACUCGUGACGGGAAUUGUUGCUUCGGAUCCCGGAACCCCAUUCUUCAAGGAAGCUUUAGAAGAGCUCCAUAGAAUUUCAUACCUCCCUGUGCAGUACGACAAGGAAAGACAGUACUUGGAACUCCCCCAAGUUCAUGCAAUGAACUGUCUGAAGGAUAUCUUUACAAACGCGAAGCUUGGUCCGUACACAGAGCCUUUUAUCAUGAAGGCAUUGACGCUGUCUGCCGAACGUCUGGGAUCACCAAUCUGGGCACUUCGAAAUUCGGGUUUGAUGCUCUUCCGUGCCCUGCUUACAAAAAUGUGUCGCGCUAUCCCCGGUGCUGGGCCUGGAUUUGGAGGCAGCUCUGGAUCGGAACCUGGAUCUAGAAUUGCAUUCCCUAAGUACCCAGGCCUAUUGGAAUUGCUCUCUGGUCUUCUCACGACCACACAAGGAGAAGCAGCGGAGGGCACUGAAAUCAUCACCGAACGGGUGUUCCCUGCACUUGAACUGGUUGGUGAUAAGGUUCCCAGCAAUGAUGGCACUGAUGAGAUGCUGCGUGACUUGGUCAUUGCACACCUGAGCAGCCCUGUUUGGGGAGUCAGAGAGCACGCAGCUCGUGUAUAUGCUUCGCUCCUUUCACGUACAAACAUCCCCCAAACUUUGCGUGAGCUUGUUGCUCUUCCAUCCAACAUCACUGAGAAUUAUGUGCACGGAGUUGCUAUGUGUGUGCGGUAUGCUCUUCGCCGAUAUGCAGCUAGUACCGAUGCCUUCUGGACUUCAAACCUUGAUGGACUUCUCUCUACUCUGCGCACUGUGCUGAAAGCGCUAUUCCAUGUUGGAAAGUCACCGACCGUGGCAGCAGAGCUCGUUGAGAUAUUAGUGGAAACUUUGGGGCGGGCUAUCGAAGGCCACAGCGAGGCCAUGGUUAUUCCUUUCAUCAACGAAAUGUAUGAAGCUCACGAUCUCGAUGGAAUUUUGACGUUUGUCUUCGAUGCUUCUCAGUCAGGGUGGAAUCUGGCCAGUGCUACUCGAUCAUCCGCUCUUCUCAGAAGAGCACUAGCUUGGUGCACAACGAUGAAGCUCCUUGUUUCGGGGCAGACACAAGAGCUUCUAGUAUUCUUCAACGGAGUGUCGCAGUUUGAUUCCGAUGCUGUUCGCUGGAUUACCGAAAGACUCAAUGAACAGAUUGUCACAGAUGAAAGGUAUCAAAAGCCCUUGGCUGACCUGUAUACUUCGGUGGUUCUUGGCGAUAGCCCGCCAUAUGUGCGGACAAUGGCCGCAUCUAAUUUAGCCUCAAUCUUGGAGAAGACAAUGGCUUCCCAGUUUGAUGAUGUUUCUCGGCUUGAUCUUCCUUGGGAGGCUAUCGCGAACGAGUUCCGCCCUGAGACAGAUAUUGAGACCUGGAAUCGCGAAGCAACAGACGCCGAGCUUCGGCUUCGAGGUUGCCUGCUGGCUAUUCGAUUGGCCUUUGAUCGAGAAAGUGCCUCCGUCUCCUUCGAGAAGGACAUUCACAAUUGGACUGUCAAACUGUGUUCUGCCUUAAGUGAAGAGACUGAAUUUACCACUCGUUUUGCAGCAGUCGCCUCUGUUGGCAGUUUUGCACGGGCUCUCCGCCCUUCAGGUGCCAAGCCUCGCGUUGACCCAGUGUUAUUGAACACCUAUCUAGUUCUAUAUGACAUGCUCAAUGACGAUGACGAGGAGCUGCGUGACAUGUCUGCGUCGACUGCCUCUUGGGUGUUAUCUCACUCUUUUGUCUCCCCUGAUGCCGAUGUUACUCUGGCACCUUUGAACGCGAGUGCGCUUCUUGCACAGUUCAUCGUCGCGAGCUAUUCGGACUCUACACUGCUGGGACAGCAGGUUCUUCUUUAUCUGACAGGGCAACAGCCCCGACUCAGCGCAUCUGACAACAAAACCCGCCUCGCCCCAGUGGCCAACUUGCUUGCCGAGUAUCGACAGGAAAGUACUGUUCUCUUUGUGGAAGAAAAGCAGAACCUAUUUAUUGAUGAGAUACGCGAAGCUGAGGUCUGGUCUCAGGGUCUGACUCACUUGCAGCAGUCGGCGUUCCAGAGGACUUCAUUGCAACAGAUCUCGAUAUGGGCUUCCGAGGGUUUGACAUACAUGGCCAGUCUUCUCAAGGAGAAAGAUGGUCAAGAUGGACUAAUGGGUUGGGUUUCAACCCCCGAGGCCUUUACUCUUGGGUAUCGAGUUAUUGCGAUUGCUUCAGCUCUGACAUCUCCGGACUUCUCGGGGCCACAGGGUAUGGUUGAUCCUAAAGAAAUCACUCAUUCUCUGGUGUUGCUUCUCACUGCGGGUCGAGCGGCAUCUGUGCAUGGAGACUGGCUGUCAAGAAUCCAGCGUAGCCUACCGAAUAUUUCAUAG